AUGGUGCCAUCAAAGAAAGAUAAGGAGCGAUGUUUUGCUUGGUUUCUUGACAUCUUUAAUAAGCUGGAGAUCACCAUUCCCUUUAGAGAGGCCUUACAGCAGACACCUUUGUAUACCAAAUUUCUGAAGGACCUCUUCACAAAGAAAGGGAAAUAUAUCAAUAAUGAGAGCAUCAUGGUGGAAGGAAAUUGCAGUGUUGUGAUCCAGAAGAACUCACCAAAGAAAUUCAAAGACCCAAGAAAUGUAACCAUCCCAUGCUCUAUUGGGGAUGUGUCAGUGGGUAAAGCUCUCCUUGAUUUGGGGGCAAGCAUUAAUCUAAUGCCCUUAUCUAUGUGCCGGAGAAUUGGGAAUCUGAAGAUUGCUUCCACUAGAAUGACGCUUCAGCUAGCAGACCAUUCGAUCAGCAUACCAUAUGGUGUAGUUGAAGACGUCCUUAUCAAGGUUCACCAAUUCACUUUUCUGGUGGACUUUGUGAUGAUGGAUAUAGAAGAGGACUUUGAUAUUCCUCUAAUAUUGGGUCAUUUAUUCGUGCUUACUGCAAAAUGUUUUGUGGACAUGGGGAAUGGUAACUUAGAGAUGAGUAUGGAGAACUAG